UGGCGGAAAAAAAAAAUGAAACGCAUGUGAAAUGAACCCAGAAGGAUGGUAAGCCCAAACAUGAAAAAAAAAGCAACUGUCCCUGGUCGUCUCAAGUGUGCCAGUCACACCCUGAAUGGUACUAUUCCCCUUUUUGGGCCACUGGACCUUCAGUACCUUGACGGCGGUACCCUCUUUUUAUGGGCUCCGAUGUUGGUUCUCAUGCUGCCAAGUGCGCCAGGUGUGCCAGUUGCGGCAGCUGGCGGAAACCUUUGGACUGGCGAUUUUGAGUUUCAAAACCAGUAUACUGUGUUCUAUUCCAUACAAGUUUCGAAUCGUGAUGCCUUCUACAUGCACACACAUUUGGGCCACCUCCAAACAAGCAACGCCUCUUGCCACCUCCCUCGCUUUCUCCAGUCUCCAACUUCCUCCUCAGCGGACGACUCCACCAUAAACCUGGCAAGCUCCACUGCCCACUUCCGCAUAGGUCCCUCUGGCCGUGUCGCUGCCUCUGCCUUCUUUAGCGCCAGCCCAAGUCACAUCUCACAUUUCCACUCACAUCCAAAAGCACGCAUCUGCUGCUUCCGAUCUUUUCUGCAGAAUCAAAGAGCCGAUGUUGGGUUUCGCUGGCCAUCUUCUCUCUUUCCUCCUUUUUCCACUUCCAUCUAAUUAAUAAUCUCGGCGCACUCCUUGCGUCAAACGUCUCUCCCAUCAUCUACGGACCUCGUUCGACGCAGCAUCCCAACCACUACACUACACCUGCAGCAACGCACGCCCACCCCGCCAAUCCUUCGCAUCCUCGACAUACUGUAUAAUAAUUAAUCCCCUCUAUAACGCAUAACCCGACCUCGCGGUCCGCCCUUUCUCCACGUCAGCCAACCGUCUUCCCGAGCCGCCUCGUCUCUGAAACAAGUCACUGUCCUCAGCAUCGCCUCACGCCCAAAGGUUCCAAAACCUUGUUCCCUGUCUCAGCUUUCUCUCGCUUCCCCGGAAUUCCUCAGCGCCGCCUCCUUUCCUUCUACAGCACCGUUGCGCUGUGUGUUGACUAUUACUACCAAUAACCACAGCGACAUCCUUGCCCGCAAACUCGUCGUACAGCCGCUGCAGAGCUCCCCCUGCCAACAACCCGGCUCCCCUCACGGACGCAACAAACCUCCGACUACGAUUCGCCGCCUGUUUUAUUUUGCACGAGCUGGCCCUGCUACCAACUGCAAAGCCGAGUUUCGGGCUCACUUCUCUUCACCCGUUAUCAUAGAAGCUCCAUUGUGACACACGCGCCGCUGCUCCAGGUGGUGGCUGACUGUCUACAAUCGCUUGGCUGCUCUGAACGCUAUCGUCACUGCGCCGUCCCGCGAUCGAAUGCGCAAUGACAUACAUUCUUUGCCUCGCGCACUAUUGCGACACACAUGGCCCGACACCGCUCAUGGUCACUGAGGGCUUGCCGACACCAUGCUCUGUCUGCUUCGACGAAAGCUCCCGAGAUGACCCUCCUCGCUCUAGCCCACCAAACCAGGACGCCCAGCUUGCGGACGCUAUUCGCAGCGUAAAUCUCAACCGCAACUCGUCGGGUAUCACCUCGCCUCGCGACUCCCAAAGCAAGCGCACCUCCAUUUAUUCCUCUAAUGCCGACUCAGUCACAUCCAACGCCUCAUCCUCGACAACCGCCCCCGAGACGCCUCCCGAAUCCCCAAGACCGGCCUUUCAGCAGCCCCGACGGACCGACUCGGGUUAUCGUCGCACCUACGACGAAACGGUGACUCGGAAACAAGGCCCCUGUGAUAACUGCGCUAUGACGUUGCCUCGCCGCCAGGCUGGCGUCGGCGGUUCGGAUGACAUGGCAAGCUUGCGCGGGCCUACGCUUCGCACUCGUGCGCCAGCGGAACGUGUGUACGGUUCCCCGGCGCAGUUGGCGUCACCUGCUCGAUCGCAAGCCUCGAGUGAUACCGACGGCGAGAAGGACGUGUCACGGCGCCCGCGUAAUAGAAUUCCAGCGCAGUCCGUCAGCUCUCGUACCACAUCAUGCUCGUCUACGUCCACGACCUCGGAGCGGGCUUCUUGCCAUGUGCACUAUGUCGAUUACACCUCCACCCACGAACCCUUGCUCGCCACCUCGUUUUCUUUGAUCCGUGCCUCUUGUCUGCGCGCUCUCUCGUUUGAGACUCUCCCCCGCGCACCCUCUACGUCUACGCCAAACGCCUCCCCACAGAGCAACGGUUCGGCUUUUGUGACCACCCAGAGCGCUGGAUCUGCUGCCACCGGUGGCCCCAUUUUCUUCGGUGAUGCUCUCGCUGGAUAUACUACUGCGUACAUCUUCCGUAUUCCCGAUGUCCAUGCCCGAGGUCACAAGCGCGUCUACGCCUUCUUAGCCCUCAGCACACACAAGGAGCGACUUGCCAUGAAGACUUUUGCCGUUCUAUCCAACGCCUUCCGUGACUUGGCCAACUGGAUUCAGCAGCUUGCCGAGGCAGAGGCUGAACGAACUGCCGAGUCACAACCGGGAUACUCUGUCGGCUUGGACCGCCCUGUGCUUCAAGCAUCGGCCUUUGACCCGCCAGCUGCUGACCGCAGUGGGAGUAGUUUUCUCACUGGCGGCCUGGGUCUCUCGCGGCGAAUGGGCCCUGGUGCACCGUCAUCCCUCAAGGCGAGGGGUUUGGCUGAGCUCGUUGGACAGCCCGACUUCUUCAUUGAGCUGCACAAGCGUUUUGUUCACCUCCUGUUUGAGGUUGGCGUCACCCUGAGCUCGUAACUCGGUGGCUUUGGCGAAGCAUAUCCACCCCUUAUUCGAGAUACCCCCCCUUUUUGUCACCGACACGAUGUUGGCCUGUAUACAUGUUUCAUCUUUCUUGUUGUUCUUUUUUUUUUCAGUAUGGUCCUGAGGACCAAGACCAUCAUCACAUAUGCCAUCUACAUCCUUGGAGAUGGCAACGUGGUCGCAUACCAGCAGCAAAUAGUUUUGUCAAAGCGGACAGCCUCCGCUUCUGUAUAUGUUACGGCCUUUAUGUGGACGCCGAAGCGUCUUUGAUUAGAUUUUGUUAAGGGCUUACGCCUGUAGGAUAAGGAAAUGGGUCCAUGAGACAAAUUAAUAGAAUGUAAUUAAUACUUUUUCUCGCAAUAUGCUAUUCUUCUAUUUACAGUGAUGACCUUCUAUGUACAUCGUGAUGUUGUAUAUAGUGGAUGUUGCACGGUCGAGGGUGGAAGACGUUGGACGUAUAAUGAGAGUAGCAGUAGGAAUGUAGGAAUAAUAAGAUUUUUCACAUUGAAUUCAUAACCACGCAUAUUCUAUUGAUGCUAGUAUACACUCUUCCCAUGUUCUUUGUUUAUUUAUUUGUAAAAGUCAAACUUGUUAUCCUCGCUCGUUCCCUUGACCUGGCUGGAGUAGGCAUCCUCCAAGUCGCUCUGGAUAAUGUUAUAUCUGUUCUUGCGGACGGCUCUGAGACCGGCCUCUUGCAUGAUGGCAGCAAUUACGGCACCGGAAAGAGGGUCGUUUCGCACAAUCAAGCUGUCGAGGUCAACCUCCGGGGCGAGGGACAUCUUGCCAGCAAUCGUGGAGAAGAUGAGACGGCGUUCGCGGCGGUCACGCAACGAAGGGAACUCAAUCUUACGAUCAAGACGUCCAGGACGGAGAAGAGCAGGGUCGAGGGUGUCAGCACGGUUGGUGGCCAUGAUGACCUUGACGUUGGAGGUCUGGUCGAAACCGUCCAUCUGGUUGAGCAAUUCAAGCAGAAUACGCUGGACUUCACGAUCCGCACCGGUCUGGGCGUCGAAACGCUUUGUGGCAAUGGCAUCGAUUUCGUCAAUGAAGAUAAUGGAGGGCGAGUUUUCGCGAGCCAUGCGGAAGACGUCGCGGACCAUGCGAGGACCUUCGCCAAGGUACUUUUGGACGAAUUCGGAACCGACGACACGGAUGAAGCUGGCAGUGGUCGAGUUGGCAACGGCCUUGACAAGCAUGGUCUUGCCGGUACCGGGGGGACCGUAGAGAAGGACACCGCGGGGAGGGUCGAUACCAAUCUGCUUGUAGAGGUCAAAGUGGGUGAGGGGCAGCUCGACGGCUUCGCGGAUCUCCUGCUUCUGCAUGUCGAGACCACCGACAUCGGCGUACGUCACGUCGGGCUUCUCAUCGGCGCCAAGCAUGGCAAUGGAGGAAUCGGCUUCGGGAGGGAGGAUGUCGACGAGGGCAUUGGAGUGGCGGUGGAGGGCGACGGAGGAGGAGGGCUUGAGCUGUUCGCGGUCGAGCGUCGAGAGGAUUCGGACAACGUAGUUGGAGCCGGUGCUCGAUUGGACAAUGCCGGUGCUGUGGAGGUGCUAUUAGUAUAUGUAAAACAGAUUGGGUAGGUGGAAAAGCGCGUACUUUUGGUCAAUCGCUUCCAUGAACUGGCCAAUGACUAGAGGGACACUCUGGAUGCGCUUAAUCUCUUCCUGGGCACGAACGAGUUCGCGCUUAAGGGAUCUGUGGUGGUGUUAGCAUCGCUGGGGUUGUAAUUGCGGCGAGUAGAGCAACGAACCUUUGCUCAUCCUUGAUGUAUUCCUCUUGCAGUUGGAUAUAUCUGUUGCGUAGAUGUCAGCAUAAGCAGCAGAGGCAACCCGAAGGGCGAUGGUGGUUGCUACGCACUCUAAUUGACGCUGGAGCUUCUUGAGGUUUGCAUAAUCAUCGCCUCCUUCUGUUGAGACACCCUCGAAGUUGUCAAUGGUCGGGAUAACGGAGGGCGCGGCCUUCUUGAGGGCGGCCACGGGGCUCUCGACAGCAACGUCGCCCAUCGUGAGAGAGCUGGGAGCUAGGUGUCUGUGGGUGCGGGCGUAAUAUCGUUAAUGCCAAUGGCAGGCGUAUUCUGUGUCGUGCAGAGAAACAGGACAAAAGGGCGCUGUGCGGGUGGUGGUGAUGGAAAUUCCAGCAACGUGUGUUGUGGUGUGGUGGUGCUGAUGCGG